CUUGACUCCACAGUCAAAGCGCGACGCGGUCCGCGUCACCACGAUACAAUUAAUAGUCAGCGGAUAAUACAAACUUUGUGAUAUAGUUUAGUUUACACAAUUAUGUUAAAAUGUUCCAUGUAGUGAGUUACGCGCAUGCGUUGGUACAGAAAUAGUUUGCAAGUGAAAAUGCCACAGUGAUUUAAGUUACAACAACGACUUAGUAAGCCAAAAUGUCGCUGGCGGAAGUACGUUCAGCGAGGAGUUCACCAACUCCUGAGUCCUGCCAGUGUGAUGCCAUCGACGCUUCCGCCUCCGUCACCUCAGACAUACACAAGUACCAAGUAGCGUGUACAUGCAAGCCGGGCUCCGUUCAGUACGCCAGCGCGGACGAGCCCGGGCCUCCGCCCCCCGUAAAGACUGACACGCCGCCCGCCCUCCCGCCCAGACCUACGACCACGCUCGCCGCAAAUAGAAGAAACAAUUCUGCCGUUGGCUGUACAAGUGAGCCACAAUGCCGUCGCAGGAAGUAUGCGUGGUGGUGCUGCGGUUGUGGAGCCCUGGCUGCAGCUCUGGGGGGACUACUCGCAGCACAGCAUAUUCUCCUCCGAGCGUACACAGCAUCACCACAUCACUUGGAGACCGUUCCCGCUGCUGUACCAGCUGCUAUGUUGGUGUUGACGGGGGUGUGUAUAAUGAGUCUGGCUCGUCGGAGGAACAGAUACAGCUACAUGGUAAGAAAAAUCAAGGUAGUGGGCGCGUGUUGUCUUGUCUGCGCUCUCACAUGUGUGUUGGUGACAAUAACCACUACGGUUAUACACAUGAAUAAACUACAAACGCUCAAGUUCUGUGAGUACACCAAAUUGACAAGGACCUGCACCUGCUUCUCAAUGUCUCCGGACAGUCACACCAAUGAUGAUGACGGUGUCCGCUGCGUGUUCGAAGGCGUGUCGGACUGCGGCGUGGUCCACGGAGCCCUAUACUGGUGUCUCCGGGGAGUGUUCGCUCUGUCCGUGUCCGCGGUGCUGGUGUGCAUCUUCAGCUGCAUGCUGGCCUACCAGCUGUUGAGUCACGAGCGGAAGAAAAUGUAUUGGGAACAAUUGGAGCUUCGCUGCCGGUCCCUCUACCGAGCGCCCACCACGGGUAGGGCUUCGGGCCAACAGGACAGAUCACAGAACACCUGUAGCUGCUGUACCCAAUGUCACACAACACAACCGGCCUGGGACUUCAGUGUGCAGCACAGGUUUUGGGCUCCGGGUCGCAUCGGUAACCUGUACUCACCAAAUCCUGGUACAGGAAGGAAGACCUCACCGUGGAGUUGGUUUCCAUGGCCGAGGGGAAACAGCCAGAAUUCCCGAUGUAUGAACGUACCACAAUCGGGUGAUAGUGCGUACGGUUUCUGUGAAACUGAAGCCAGUCCAAACCCAGCCCAGCCUUACGACGAACGAUCCUAUCCUCAGAACCAGUUCCAUCGACAGACGCCAGCUUUCAACCAGGCCACGGCAGCAUUCAACCAGAAUCCAUCCACGUUCAACCAGAAUCCGGCUAACUUCGGCCAGGGUAGCAGUUUUCAAGGUUAUGCUGAAGGUUUCGAAGGUAGCCUGGACGGCCAAACCGGCGUAUGGGGUCCACCUCCACCCUAUAGCCCUCACGGCAGGAGUGGAAGCAGACAUCAUCUUCACCAAGAUCCUGCAUCAGCUACACUACUCCACCACCAUCACAUGGACCACAGGAACUCCAUGAAUGUGCACGAGAUGCAUGCAUGCAGCAGAAAUUACUUGCAUAACAUGCAGAGCAUCGACGUUAAUAGAAUUCAGGAUGUCAACACUGAUAUACGGAACCCGGAGUUAGCAAGAAUGAAUCCAGAGUUAGCAAGAAUGAAUCCAGAAUUGGCAAGAAUGAAUCCAGAGUUAGCAAGAAUUAACCCAGAUAUGGCGAGAAUGAAUCCAGAAUUGGCGAGGAUGAAUUCAGAGUUAGCAAGGAUAAAUCCUGAGCUAACAAGAAUGAAUCCUGAGUUAGCAAGACUUAAUCCAGAGUUAGCAAGACUCAAUCCAGAGUUAGCAAGACUCAAUCCAGAGCUAGCAAGACUCAAUCCAGACAUGAACAUGUAUCCAAAUGAUCCGAAUGACAUGUGCUUACAAGAAAUGGUGAAUGUAGGACAAGAGAGAUUCAAUACUAUAAGGGGUCACCUGGUACCUUACAGGAACUGUCCAAGGAUGGGCAACGGUUCAGGAAAUAUGCACAGAGACACCGUUGACAUAGAAUGUCUACACCAGAAGAGUGUCAGCAGAGUUUCAGAUCAAAGCAGUGACUCGUGUCCCAAACAGGGGAAGGAAAAUUUGGGAUUCCAGAACGAUAAACAUUCACCGAUAAGGUCUUCCCUCCAGGAGAAUCGCCAGGCGGAAUCCGAGGUUUACUUCGCGGACGUCUCCAGCUGUUGCACUGUUAGUGUCAAGGCCGAGUGCUGUAUAAAUCCCAACGUGUCACUGGUCGGCACCAUAGACAACCAUCAGGAGUCCUCGGAGUCGGACGGAUCGUUCACACUGACGCGCCAGCGACCGAACACACAGGGCUCCAAGCGAAGACGGCACACAGACAAACAGAAACACAGGGCAGACUUCAGCAUAGAACACGCGCCGAUCAGGGAGUGCGUGGACCGCGGGGACCGCCUCAACGACAGACUGGACAGGAACGAGCGCGUCGGGCAGAUUGAACGAGUCAACGACUCCAGGGAUCGCCUGAACGACUCCAGAAGUGAUCGGAUGAGUGACAGAUUGAACGAUUCUAGAAUUGAACGCAUGAGCAUGCGCAACGAUCCCAGACUGGAGCGCUGCGAUCGCGAUAGAUCUAACGAUUCUAGAAUUGACAGAUUGAACGAUUCUAGAAUUGAUAGAUUAAAUGAUUCUAGAAUUGAACGAAUGAGUGAUAGGGUGAGUGAGUCCCGAUUUGAUCGUAGUGACCGGGAACGUUCCAGUGAUGUUAGGAUCGAUCGAAUGAAUGACUCCAGAGUUAUAAGUGAUCGGGGAAACGAUUCUAGAUUGGAUCGAAGUGAUCAAGAUCGGUCAAACGAUUCCAGAAUAGAUCGGUCGAACGAUUCCAGAAUAGAUCGGUUGAACGAUUCCAGAAUAGAUCGUAUGAGUGAUCGAGGAAAUGAUUCCAGACAUGAACGGGAGAGAUCCAACGAUCCAAGAAUAGAUCGUUUCAAUGAUUCUAGAAUAGAAAGGAUUAGCGAUCGCGCUAACGAUUCCAGGCUCGAUCGAGAGCGGUCCAACGAUUCCAGAACUGAUCGCUUCGACGACCGCAGGAUGUCCGACAUCAAUUCCAGUAUAAGAAUAGAGGGUAGUCCCAAAAUGCGUUCACACAUGAGCCCGCUGCGGAUGCGGAGUCCGAAAGGCAUACAGAAAGACACAAUGGAGGCCAAGGAAUUCUUCACGCCGAUAUCACCUCUAUCACCUAACACGGAGGAGUCAUUGUUGUCUGACGACGACAGACAGGAAACGGUGUACUCAAAUGAACCGGAAGUGAAGUGUUUGGCCCCGGAUUCACAGUAUGAAGCGAUCAGGGACGGCAACGAGAUGUUGAAGACCAACCACCACCACUGUUACAGCGAUACAAACACCAUGGACUCGGGCUGGCAGAGCGGCUCAGAGAAACAGGUCACCGAUUAAUGAUAUGAUAAUGAUAUGAUAAUGAUAUGUUCAACAUGUAACAGAAAUUGAUAUUCUAUGUUCUAGACAUAAACUAACAUAGUUUUGUAAUUAAUUUUGUUUUCAGUAUUAUGUCUUCAGGAUUUUGCCUUCUUUUGAUCACAAUUCAUUCAUGUCUGAUUGCAAGAAAGGAAUAUUUGUUCAAAAUAUAAAUUUUCUUAUAAAUGUAGUAAGAUGCGAGUAGUUCUGUUACUCCGCUAUCUUUGUAAGUGACGAUUAAUGAAUUAUUGUAUGAUAAGCCCUAUAAUGUCUUUAUAAUAUCCGUAUAAUGAGAUCUAAGAUUUUCUCGACUUUUAUUCAUUUAAAUGAAACUAAUAUUAUUCGGAUAUAUAACGCGUGAUUUAUUUUUGUAAAAAACUACAUACUACCAAUAUUUCGGUUACAUUUCAGCAAACGUCGGUAGUAUGUAGUUUUUUAUAAAAAUAAAUCACGCGUAGUUUAUCAGAAUAACAUUAGUAUCAUUUAAAUGUACAUAUAAAAUCGUAAUAUCUUUAUCAAAAGGUUCAAUUUUGUAAUAUUGUUUGAAAAAUUCUUCGUAUGAUAUUUUAUAAAGAUUUUAAAUUUUAAAUAUUCAUGGACACGUCAAUACUUAGCGAGCUUCUGAUCUGUGGUAUUUUUUGGAAAUGUCCCAAGUCACAAUGACUAUGUGCUCGUUUUAUUUUUAAUUUCUGUAUCGUCUUACAGAUAACACAUAGCUAUAUUUUAUAAAGCUCUCUAAGUAUUAUUUUAUUUCUAUUAUAUUAAGGCCUCGUCGUAUUUGCGUGUUUUCAUUGCGUUUUAUAAUGACUUUAUAUAAAACGCUGCUAGAAAUCGCCAAUGUGGAAGGCAUCUUAUGAUUCAACAACACUUAUGUAUUGUAGAAAUAGCAUUAUAGUUAAGAUAAAAAAAAAAUCUGUUUUGACAGUUUUUGAUAAUUUUGCUAUAUACAUAUAUAUAUACUUUAAAUCAAAGAUCUCUUCACACGGCGAGUGUUAGUUGAUGUAACUGUUCGCCGUCUCAUACAUAACAAUAUGAAUCCUUCCAUUGUGAAACAGCUUUACAAUUUUUAUAUUUCCACUUAACAUCCCACCAAUAUAAUGAAUUUUAUAACUAAUAUCUCUGUAAUAUGAUUUGUUUAUGUUCGUUUCAGAAUUUUGAUCGAUCCCAGAAUAAUGUUAGGAAUCUUGUGCCAAGUUUUAUGAACGACCAAAAUUAAAACGUCUAACUUGUUCGUAUAAAAUUAAGGUUUAAUAUAUAAUAUUUUAAUAUUUUUUUUUAGCAUCUAUUAAUAUCUAGAUUGAUCGAUUGUAUAAUCUAUCGAAUAGAUUGACCGAUUUUGUUUUAGAUUAGGUGAACUUUAUCUUAAAACGUUUUUCUUGCCUCAAUGAAAAAUAUCUUCCAUGUAAGCAAUAUGUAUAUAGUAAUUAUGUUAUCCGUGUCAACGUUUGCGUCUAGGUGAUCUUUAUUAGUAGAAAUAACUUUAAGAAUUCUAGUUUUUUAUCUAUAUAUUGUAUUAUCUGUGUUUGAUCGUAUGUAUUAAUUUUCAUAAUAUUCUUUGUUCGAAACUCGUAAAGUUCCUUCACUGACGCACACUAAUGUAUAUGUUUAUUAAAAGCGUAGAUACCAAUUUGAUUAUUGAUUUAAGAUUUUUUUUUUAAAUACGUCUUUUUUAUGUAAAGUUAUUGUUAAUGUUUUAUUUUGAUCGUGUUCAGAAUUGUCCUGUGUAUAUCAUAUGUUCCGUUGGUAUGUCACUCUGACAUAUGUCGUUGUGACAUAUGUCAUAGUGACAUAUAUAGACAUACAUUUAUUAUCUGUCCAGUUGUAUGUAGGAAUUGAAGUUAGGUGAUGUGAUUUCAUUUCUCCUCGGGGUCGAUGUUAGUUUCUUAGUAUUGUUAGUUUUAUAUAUGGUUCUAUUAAAAGACUGAGAUCUU